AUGGUUCAGGCUGCGGAUCCCGGCAACCUCAUGCCGGAGUCUGAGGUGCCUCUCGGCAACAAGGGGAAAGCGGUGGAGACCCCAGGGUUGGCGGUGAAGAUGGAAGUAGAGGACUCGUUGGAGGAGGAGCAUGGCCCGGAUAAUAAGAGAUUCAAGUACUCUUUGCCGCUCCAGCAGGUUGGUAUGCCCCAGAUUGAAAGGACACGGGGCUCUUUCCCGUGCGAUCCGAUUUUUGUAUGGGAACACCUUGGUUUUUUAUAUUCGUCGAUUUAAGGAACUUCGUAACUGGCAUCUCUUCCUCUCCCACCCCUAUCUCUCUCUCCGCCUUCUCUUUGCGAACCCCCCCUGUCUGUUUCAUAGUCUGAGCUUUAUCGUCUCGGUGGUAUGAUACAAUAGAUGACGUUAUGCGUUCGUAAUGACAAAACUUCCCUCGCUCUUGUGCAUUCCGGACGUUAGAUUUUGCCCGAUUGGUCUGUUCGCCUUUUUGGGGGCAUCACUUUUUUGAGAAAGUUUCUCUACGAUUGAUCUCAGAACAGGGCGUCUCAUAAUAUAGUGCCCCGAGAACAUUCGUCUUCUACAUAGUUCAACAUAGAAUGAUAAGCGACCAUGUAGAUUCCUUCUUCGUGGAUCAUCUCUUAUCUUUAGGAUCAAUCAAUAUGGUGUUUGAUAUAUUCUUGUGCUCUUCGACAGUGGAACAUGGAUGGUAAUGCGUCAUCAUGUGAACAACCUCAAUAUGAUGUACUUAAUGAUCUUAGUCCAUUGGGGCUGCGCUUGAGAAAAAGUCCAUCCUUGCUGGAUUUGAUUCAAAUGAGGCUUUCUCAAGGAAAUCCUUCAAAAGCAUGCGUCGGUAAUGACGACAGCACUGAGGGUGGGAAGAAGAAUACAAAGCCCACAUCUGGUGUGCCGGACAAGUUGAAGGCUUCAAACUUUCCAGCCACCCUAUUGAAGAUAGGCACCUGGGAGGUAUUAUCCUUUUUUUGCUUUGCCAGGAUUUAUUGGGCAUCACAUUAGUAUUUGUGCUGAUGCAAUAAAGUUAUGUCAGCAUCUACUCCUCAAUAUUAAGAAUAAAAGAUGCCUAUCUCUAUGUCAAACUUAGUUGACCCUAUCAUCGUUAAAUUAUUUGAUUUCCAGUUCUAAGUUAGGUUGACUCAGCUUCUCUCUUUGAACAGUGUGUGUCAAGGUAUGAAGGUGAUUUAGUGGCUAAAUGUUAUUUUGCUAAACGCAAAUUAGUAUGGGAAGUUCUCAAUGGAGGCCUCAAGAGCAAGAUUGAAAUCCAAUGGUCUGAUAUCACGGCUAUAAAAGCAGCAUGCCCUGAUAAUGGUCCUGGUAGCCUGGAUUUAGUGGUAACGUCCUCCGAGCAUAUGAAUUUUUUUGGACAAAGCUUAGUCAGUUCUUAUUUGCUGAUAUGCAUCUGUUUGUUUCCUGUAGGUGUCAAGGCCACCACUUUUCUUUCGCGAGACCAAUCCACAACCUAGGAAGCAUACCUUGUGGCAAGCAACUUCGGAUUUUACUGGAGGACAAGCAAGCAGACACAGGUUAAAAAAUAUUUUUAACAUCAUUUCUUGAAAUGGAUCAAGUGAUGCAUAAAACGUUUUUGUUCACAUUGGCUAGUAAUGGAUCAUUUUGUUGUCUUUUUAAAACGUUCUUAAUUUCUCAUCUAUUUGUCUGACUACUGCGACAUGAGAAACGAAUCUUUUCUAACACAGAUUCUUCAUAAUGGAUCAGUAGUGAGUGCUAGUGGCUCAAGUCCCAACUGAAUAGGAUUUCCCCUCUAAGCAUUGGUAUUCUUCACUGAUCUAGAACUGUUCAACAAGUUAUUAGGAGAUUCCUAUUUUCCCAGGCGUUUUCUGUCAUAGCCCUUUAUUAGAAACUUUUCUGGCAUUGACAGUGGCCUAGCAACUUUGGCUUUGGAAGGUCAGCUUCGGACAUUUCGUGUUGUGAUUUCGAUGGAGACGAAGUUGACAUAUUCAUAGUGAAAUCAGGUUUAGAGAUGCUAGAUAGGUUUCAACGUGGGCCAGCAGGCAUGUGAGGAAAUAGAGAAAGCAAGAACGUACAGAAAAUGCCCAACGACUCAAUUGGAACCACAUUGGUCUCUCAAGUUACCUACUGAUGCUGACGCAGCCUCUACGGAACCUGAUUUUAGAUUUUCCUUGUCAGAUUUUAUGUCUUCUGAAGACCAAUUGAACUUCACUUUCUUCUCAAGAAUUAGCAUUGGCCUCUUCUUGCCCUUAUAUUUAAAAUCUUGGGUUCAUAAGUUCAAGUUGUGAUAAACUAUCACCUUUGUUAUUAUUCUUUAUUAUUGUAUUUACCACUUAAGAUUUUUUUAAAAAUCUAUGGAGUCUUAGAAUCUUGUAUGUAGGUAAAAUUUGCCGGUGAUUUUUUUUAAAUUGUCAACUUGACCUUUGCACAUGUUAUCAUCAUCCUCCACGUUGCCUUUUAGCUUGUAAUGACCAAAUUUUGGCACCGAAGAUUUGGCAUCCACUCCCAUCACCUCUGAGAAUAUUGUUCUAUCAACUGAUACUAAUUAGUACUUUUUCAGUUCUGAGAAAAGAGGCUGACCUCUAGUGGUAGUUGUCAAACGUCAUGCCUUCAACACAAACUGUUUUAUUCCAUAUUUAAAAAAUAUACACAGGUUAGGCCUUUAAACUGUUUUAUUUCUUUAUAUGCAGGAGGCAUUUUCUACAAGUUCCACAAGGGUUGCUAAGCAAACAUUUUGAUAAGCUUAUCAACUGUGAUCCUCGUCUUAGUGAACUCUCCAGACAGCCUGAUGCUGUCUUAAGUUCUCCGUUUUUUGAGCCGAGGUGUCCAUUAUUCGAGGAUCAAGGUGAUAGAUCCCCUAAUUUUGAUCAUAUCAAGGGUGAAUAUGGCUCGCCGUUCUCAGGUCACCAGGACGCUGCCUCCCCUUCUGCUGGCCUAUCAUCUAUGAGUGACACCAGGGAUCUGGUUAGGACUCCAGUUCUCUUGUCACAGGACAAUCCUUCAACUAGCUCAGGUAUCUUUUUCUCGUAAAUAGUGGCUUUAGUUAUUUUAUUUUGUGCUCAAAAUUUCUCCAUCUUUAGUAGCUAGAGCCCACCUAUUUUCUAUAGAUAUUUCUCGACAUAAAUUGCAACGUACAUUUGAGCAUAGUUUCCACUCUUUUAUCCGAAAUGAACCCGCCAAAUUAAGCACUCUUGAGCCACUCGUGGGCGUGAUUUCAACUAUUUCAUGAGCUUGUCCUGUUUUGCGUGCUACCAUUUGUCCAUAAGGCAGGUUUUAUGCUUAUCAAAUAUCAUUGAAGCUACUGAACAAGCAAAGAGUCAAAUUCCCCAAUGGUUUCUUUAAAGAAGGGUUGGAUUGAGCCAUUAGACAAAACUUAAAGUGAUGUGUUCCUGACCAUAACUGGGCAGCGCCAUUUACUUGAGCUCAUGUUUCAUCCUGUUCAUUUGAACGAGUAAAAAACAGGUUUAAGUCGAAUUUUGUUACUUGGGUGCUUUACAUAAUCGACAGCCACGCUCUUUGUGUGAGAUUUGCUAGAAAGGGUGCAAAUAAUGCCUAUAAAGGUUACUAUCUUCAAUUCGCUUUCACCUCGUGAUUGAUUGUAUCCCUGAAUGUUGGCUUGAAAUCUUACUUCUUGCGCCAUUAAAUAAAAAUAUGCCCGUUAUUCUUUGAAUUCGUGCUUUACUGUGGUACGCUGACUGUAAAUUAUUUUCGUCAGAGAUCGAAUCGCGAGUGAUCGAGGAGAACACGAGCUGCGACACAGGAGAGAACGAGGAAAGGAACCCGCUUGAUCAGUUCAAAGUCCCAGGGAUCCGCCCGUCCAUGUCCGUGAGCGACUUCGUCAACCACAUUGGGCACUGCAUCUCCGAGAAGAUGACUUCGGACAACCCCUUCCUCGAGGCCAACAGAGACGCACUGGAGGAGAUAACCCAGUGCCUACUCAGCGAUUCCCAGGGCCUACCGGCUUCGGAUGAAAAGUCGCUCAUGUCGAGGGUCAACUCCCUCUACUGCCUGCUUCAGAAGGACCCUGCGAGCGCUCAGAAUCUGCUCAUAAAUAGAGACCCCAGCGGAGGAUACGGCGAGGAAUACGAGCUCGACUCCGCCCCGGAGAAGAAGUCGCUGUUCGAUCUGCAGGGAGAGGAUGAAGAACGCCGCCCCGACUCCGCCGGCGGCAAGCAGCCGCCUCCCAUCUCUCGGAAGGAAUCGGCCGGCGACCUGCUGCUCUACCUCCCUCGGAUCGCCUCGCUGCCCCAGUUUCUGUUCAACAUCGCAGAGGACGCGGAGAACGAGGCGGCCAGAUGA